UUUAUAUGUUAAUGUUGUACCAUUGUCUUUGUAAAAAAAAACUAACGCGCCAAACCGCCAAACGUGAAACGAAUUGAUCUGCCAAAACGAUCUGAUCGACUCAACGAUGAGUUUAAACAAUCUUCCAGUGGAGAUCCUACAGUUGAUCUUCCAAUAUCUCCCAGUGCGAGAACUUCGCGUUCUCUCACAAGUCUGUCGCAAAUGGGCUAUAACGGCCUUUUCGGGGCCCUGCCUGCAGAAUGUAGAACUAUACAUCAAUACUUUCAAUUGUGGCGAGUCCCUCCAGGAGCUGGAAAACAGCCAAAGGCGCUAUCGGAAUUUACGCGUGGACUUCGAUCGUACGUCUGAUCAACACCUGCUGCGGUGUUUGUUAAAAAUGUUGCCAAGAUUUAGCGAGUCCCUGGUGAGUCUGACGAUAGAUUGGUGUGUGCAUGAUAGCCCACUAGAUUUACAUGUUCUGUUGGCGCUUCUUAGGAAGACCCCGGUUCUGAAAGAACUGCGGGUAUUUGACAAUGGGAAGUGUGGUUCUGAAUUAACAACCUUGUCUGAAAUGCCGGUUCUGCAUCAGUUGGAAGAUGUAGCUUUGCCGAUUGGCGUUAUGGACACUGUUGAGUUCGAUUUGGCCAAACUGGCACCCAACGUGAAGCGUGUCGAACUCGAGUUCUCUGGGAAGCAUCCCUGGGAAGCGAUCAGGUCAUUGAACGGAAAGCUACGAACGCUUAAUAUUCGUACAGUAACCAAAAAUAAUUUCAGACAGCUUUGGGCGUUGGAGCCGGAUAAGCUGCAAGAACUUUGCCUAGUUAGACGUGGCUGUAACCUAUCUCCAAAUGAUGUAACUGUUCCAUAUGCCAUGCAUUUCUUUCCGAAAUGUUCAAAAUUAACGGCACUUAGACUCGAAUUGAACGUUCCAUUACCGGUUUUACAAGUCAUAGCUAGGUGCUGCCCGCACCUAAAGGCGCUCUUAGUUUUCGGUCACGAUAAUGGGUGGCAGGUACUAAAAAUUUUACAGCAUAUUAGCAAACUAGAGAGCCUGACAAUAUCAGAAACGACUUUCGAUUACUACAGAAAAAGUGAAGAUAUAUGUUUACCAGGUCUCAAGAACUUGGAGCUGGAUACACCGGAUUUAACGGACGCUGAUCAGUUCUUCAUUCUGUUGGAUAGUAUUAUGCCACAGUUAACCGCGUUGCAACUGUCACACUACAGUAAGAUAGAUGAAGAUUACUUCGUGUGUCUGCAGGCUUUAUUUGAAUCCAAAUUACGGAAGUUAGAAAAGUUAUUGCUGUUCGAGGAGUGCACUUAUUUUCCUUCUCAUUUAUUAAGUCAACUCAAUCUUCUACCUAAUCUGAAAGAACUGCGAAUGGUUUACCGCACUUUAAAGCCUUGGAGGCGUUCUGCAACUAUACCGGGUAUUCGAUUGUUUGCGGUAAAUGUUCCGCUGAGCGACUUCCAAUUGCGUGGUCUACUGAAGCUUUUUCCAUCGCUAACCACAUUGGAGUUGUUGGUACACAAUGAGUCGCCUAGGUUUCUAGAAGAACUGAGCAGGGUUAUGCCACGAUGUGAUGUUGUUAUUAGAACGAUCCCUCUUAUAGAGAGAUGGAUUUAAGCUGUCGUAGAUUUUAUGUUACAUCUAAUAUAAAUACAUUAAAAGAGA